CACCGUCAGGUCCUCACUGUUAGGACCCCACCGCCGUAAACAAGCAGUCUCUUCGUUCAUUAAAGAUUUAAAUCGUCAUUCCAAGGGAGUUGAUAACAAUUGUCCUGAAAUCGACCGCGUAAUAAUGACAGAAGAGGAGAGGGAAUUAGAAAGACGUGCUGUAGAGGAGCUCCUGAGGGAGACUGACAGGGCUCGGGUGAGAGCCGAGACGAUGGGCCCUGCGGGAUGGUUAAAAUGUCCUUUGCGAGGCACCAACAAGCGCUUCCUCCUCAAUACACUUCGCUCUACGGAACUUCAGCGGCGUCCCGGGGAGCCCAAAUCUGGACACGUGUCUCACACCACGAGGCGGGAUUCCCCCAGGCGGAGAAGCCGCAGCCGGUCGCCCCCCAACAGACGGGACGGCGGAUAUAAACGUCACCGUGAGAACGGCUACAGUAGCGAAACCAAGAAGCGGGACCGCGAGCGGGAGAGGAGUCGCGGAAGCAAAGGGUCAUGGGUGAGCUGGAGCCUAUCACAGCUGACUUUGACGGAGAAGGAAGAUACAACCUGGAUUGGUCACCAGACAAACCAUCAUAGCUCCAUUCCACCUUGAAACAGUCAAAGAAGUAGUUUUGAAACAACACAGGAGCCAUUUUGCUAGUGUUGCACCGAUACUGAUGCUAGUAUCGGAAUGAGCCCCGAUAUGGCAUUGAAAUGCAGGUAUUGGCUGGUACUAAUUAAUAAAGCACCGAUGCUGCACAAUAUGUAGUCUUCGGGAUUUAAUUUCGAACCACUGGGCUGAUUCCCAAGAUGGCUACCAAUUAGGGCUGCAGCUAUCGAUUAUUUUAGUAGUCGAUUAAUCGAUGAAGUAGGUAGUUCGAAUAAUGGAGUAAUCGGAUAAGGAACAUAAUUAAUUGAGCUGAGCCUCAAACAGUAUAAAAACAUAAUAAAUGAUCUAUGUACAACAAAAGAACAAUUGGCUAAAGUCUGCUAGCUUAAAUACUAUAUUAUGCUAACUUUUUUUUUUUUACAAUGCUCUUAACAAAUGGUCCAGACACGUAUUCCCACAAAAAAAUAAAACGUCCAAAUAUACCUAUAAACUAAACUACGAAUGCAUUAAAAAACCGGCUCAAACAAAAAGUUAGCUAAUGUUGGUCUUAACAGGGGGGCAGUGUAUCCACCCAAAUCAAUACAACUAAAUGCAAACACUUUCAAAACAAACCAUUACAACGCCACUUUAAACGAAUAUUCGAAGCAACAAAAUUUAAUUCGAAUCUUUUUUUUCCUAAUCAAAUACUCGAGUAAUCGAUUAAUCGUUGCAGGACUACUGCCAAUUAUUAAAAAAGAGGUCAAAUAAGGGGUUUUUGAUUGUGCUCAUUUAGCAGUCAUAUUUUCGAUUUAUGAGUUUACACUUUAAAUGGUAAAUUGAUCUAUGUAUUAAACAUUAUUAUCAGCCAAGAUUUGAAGUUUUAUGAACACUGAUAUUAUAAUAGUGUCUAAAAAAUUUUUAGCUUCGUCAGGAGGGACAUCUUGAAAAAGCAGCCUAGCAAGCUUGUGUCCUCUGCUAGCCUAAGUGAUUAGCACAUAAGCUAAGCUAAAGUUCCAAUGCGGUUUAUUGAACGCAUAGCAGAAUCAGUGUUGUAAGCUGAAAAAUUGUCUCGGUGCAACACUAAUUUUUUACGUGAAGAUGUGGAUGGCAACCACCAUUUUGUGUGUCAGGAUUUUUUUUUUUUUUUAUAGGAGAAACAGAUGGUUAAAAUUGCACUCCCACCCCCUUGCUUAACUUGGUCGUACUUUUUAUAGAUUAAUAUUCGUGUAUGGAUGUGGCUUUAACAGUUUUCCUCAUAAAAAAUAGCGGCAAGGCAUCACUUAUGUCAUCCGCUUCAUAAAUCCCCGUUAUCCACGUGGAAGAUAUCGUCCUUUUCAACUGUUUCCUUCCUCUUUAAAAGGAUGUUUAAAUAUGAACACCGCCAAUCGGUGUCCAAUCGCUCUUUUAUUGCAUGUGUGAGAGCCCCAUUAUGAUAGUGAGUGCUUUAUUGUCACACCUGGCAAGAAAGUGGCAUCAAAACAGAUCAAAAAUAGCUGCUGUAAUUGAGUUUUGCAGACCACAAAACGUUCUGGUACAUGCAGUUUUCCAUCUUGUGAUGUAGUAACAGAGUUGAAGGGGAACCGCAUUUGUGUGAGGGGAUGGCAGAAAGCUCGACAGCGUGAAAGUGACCACAGUUGACACACGGCGAGUCAGUAAUUGAGUUCCAUCUUAAUCGUCUACCCACGAGAGCGCUUACUUAAUGGGGCCUAACACGCGGUGUACAUAGAGCAAGGCUAAUGGCCGACAAACAUGGCAAGAGCGCGACGCCUCUUGUUUGUCGCUGCUGCUAAGUGCUGUUAAAUGAGGCGGCCACAUCGGCAACGCAAUACGUUACAACAGCUCCUGAAGUUAAUAUAUUAAGCAAAAUGUUGAGGAAAAUGGGGUCUUUUUAUUCAUUUUUGAAGUUUCAUCUUCCUGUGUUGUUUAGGCAUGUUAUUUUCACAAGCUUUAUUUUGUAAAGCUUCAGCUUUGUGUUUUGUAAAUUAGAACUGGAGGUAACUUGGUAAAUGAAAUACUUUCGACCUUUAUUUUGAAAGGCUUGAAAUUCCUGUUAGCCUUCUUGUUCCAAAUCCCAUGCAGGUUGUACUUGGAGCCACAAAUUCUUGAAAACAGGAUUUUGUGUUGGACUGUUUAGCUUUAAUUUUGAAAGGCUUGAACUUCCUGUUUAUUUUGGUGCCCAUUCCAAAUAGAGCACUUAGCUGGUUGUACUCAAGUUUUAUAACCAAAUAACGGUUUUGGACUGUUUUGCUUUUAAUUUUUGAAGCUUGAACUUCAUGUUUCUCUUUCAUUCACAUUCCCAAUAGAGAGUACUUUGUUGAAACCACUUGCUUUUGCCUUUUUUCCCUUUUUAAAUCAGGUGAAAAUGACUUUCCUCAGUGAAUGACAUGGAAUUUGGGUCUGUUUUGUUGUAAGGUGUCAUCUUCCAGCAGUUUUUGUUCAUUGAUAGUUUCAUUCACCAACCAGAAGCUAACCCGAGUUCUGAUAUACACUAGUACAUUAUACACUCACCGGCGACUUUAUUAGGUACACCAUGCUAGUAACGGGUUGGACCCCCUUUUGCCUUCAGAACUGCCUCAAUUCUUUGUGGCAUAGAUUCAACAAGAUGCUGGAAGCAUUCCUCAGAGAGUUUGGUCCAUAUUGACAUGAUGGCAUCACACGGUGCAGAUUUGUCAGCUGCACAUCCAUGAUGCGACUCUCCCAUUCCACCACAUCCCAAAGAUGCUCUAUUGGAUUGAGAUCUGGUGACUGUGGAGGCCAUUUGAGUACUGUGAACUCAUUGUCAUGUUCAAGCAACCAGUCUCAGAUGAUUCCAGCUUUUUGACGUGGCACAUUAACCUGCUGAAACAGCAACAAUACUCAGGUAGGCUGUGGCGUUCCAACGAUGCUCAAUUAGUAACAAGGGGCCCAAAGAGUGCCAAGAAAAUAUCCCCCACACCAUUACACCACCACCACCAGCCUGAACCGUUGAAUCAAGGCAGGAUGGAUCCAUGGUUUCAAGUUGUUGACGCCAAAUUCUGACCAUACAAUCCGAAUGUCGCAACAGAAAUCGAGACUCAUCAGACCAGGCAACAUUUUUCCAAUCUUCUAUUGUCCAAUUUCGAUGAGCUUGUGCAAAUUGUAGCCUCAGUUUCCUGUUCUUAGCCGAAAGGAGUGGCACCCGGUGUGGUCUUCUGCUGCUGUAGCCCAUCUGACUGAAAGUUCGACGUACUGUGCGUUCAGAGAUGCUCUUCUGCCUACCUUGGUUGUAACGGAUGGUUAUUUGAGUCACUGUUGCCUUUCUAUCAGCUCGAACCAGUCUGGCCAUUCUUCUCUGACCUCUGGCAUCAACAAGGCAUUUCCGCCCACAGAACUGCCGCUCACUGGAUAUUUUUUCUUUUUCGGACCAUUCUCUGUAAACCCUAGAGAUGGUUGUGUGUGAAAAUCCCAGUAGAUCAGCAGUUUCUGAAAUACUCAGACCACCCCUUCUGGCACCAACAACCAUGCCACGUUCAAAGUCACUCAAAUCACCUUUCUUCCCCAUACUAAUGCUCGGUUUGAACUGCAGGAGAUUGUCUUAAACCAGGGGUGGGCAAACCGGUCCUCGAGGGCCGCAGAGGGUCCUGGUUUUUGUUCCAACUGACCCAGCACAGCUAUAGUAUAACCAAUGAGGUUUCAGCAGAAAUAAGAAGCACCUGACUGCAAUCGACUGAUUGCACUUGUAAAACAGCAGAUUGGUGAAAAUGUGUCCUCUUAAUGGGUUGCAACAAAAACCCGCACCCACUGCGGCUCUUUGUGGAAUAGUUUGCCCACCCCUGUCUUAAACCAUGUCUACAUGCCUAAAUGCACUGAGGUCCCGCCAUGUGAUUGGCUGAUUAGAAAUUAAGUGUUAACGAGCAGUUGGACAGGUGUAACUAAUAAAGUGGCCAGUGAGUGUGUGUAUAUAUAUAUAUAUAUUUAUAUAUACUGUAUAUGGUGGAAAACACUCAGGUGACUUGAAGUUCCGCUCUGAGACCCCCAAUUUGGCCAAAUUUUAGAAGUGUCCGAUAUGCAUGUGUGAUACAUCCUUGGAAAGCUUAAAAUCUCAAUUUUCUGGGGGAAUAAGAAAUUUGAAUGGGAGUUUUUUUUUUUUUUAAACAGCAAAACCUUAACUGGAUGUAUAGCAUGAGAGAGCAUAAUUAAAGACGCCAUGAUUUUAACAAGAUAUUAUCGCGUACUUAGCUUGUUUUGAUCAAAAAACUCCAUGUAGAAUGUAUCACUGAGUGUCAAGACAGCUGUGAACGGCCCCAGCCGAAUUUAUUUUAUUUUAUUUUAUGGGUGAAACACGGUAAUAUAACAAGGGUCGCGAUGCAAAAAUCAUAUACAUCAAUGAGUGGUAGAGAUUUUCAUAUAUUUACCCUUUUAAACGUUUUUUAAAUUUAAUUUUAUUUUUUUCAAUGUUUCUGUAUUUGGAUCGAUUAUCAUUUAUCAUGUCGGGGAAAAUGCGACAGUAACAACAAAAAAAUACAAUUAAGCGAUACAUAUGAGGUAGAUACCCGUGACUUAUUUACAGACACCAUUUUUUCAUUGGGAUGUAAUUUGUUUAAAAUAUGUUAGUGAAUAAUUUUUUAAAAAGUUUUUUAAUGAAAUAUUAGACAUCAAGUAAUGAUUCUAAGCUAAAAAUGACAUUUCGAAUGAUAAAUGUAAUUACCGUUUUAUGCCUGGGUUGAAACAAAAGCGGUUGCGUGAAAUCUGUAAACGGGGGUUUCCAGGGUAAAACGGACAAAUUAAAAAUAAUUCGGGUGCUUAAUGCGCCAUGAAUCUGCUAUGGCAGCAUAUAGACAUAUUUUUCUAUCGAACACAACAGUUCUUUUGGCUUCAAAUACAGCUGUUUAUUUUAAAGAGGAGUUAAAGAGCAGAAACUGCUUUUUCAGCCUUUUCUGUUUUCUGCCAUAUAUAUAAAACCCUUAAAGGACUCUCAUUUAACUCACUGGUUGCUAUUGACAGCGCUCGACAUCAAUGGCACUAAAACGUGAGCCUUCACGGCAGCUAUCACCAAUGGCGUGCAAUGAGUUAAAUACUAUGGGCAAAAAAACAACAACAACCUAGAGUAUUACUUUCGGGACGAACUGAUCUAUAUUUCUGUUUUAUUUCAUUUUAUUUUUUUUAACAUUGUGUUAACGUAUACCUUUAUUUAUAAUUACAAAAAGUACAAAAAACCCAAU